AUGGGGAAGGAAGCUGAGACUGUUAUUAAUGGUGGAGAUGCGCAAGUUAGCAACUCUACGCAGAAGAAAACCAGAUUAGCAAUAGGGGUGCUGGUCUUGGUGAUUUUUCUUGGGUACAUCAUGAUAUGGUUAAUGAUGCCCACUAAUACAUUUUGGCUACACUGGCUUCCUGAUAUCCAAGCCAAUGCUGACUCCACAUACUUUGGACAACAAGGUGGAAACAUUCUGAUUUAUACAUUCCCAAUCCUAUUCAUCUCUGUUUUGGGAUGUUUAUACCUCCAUCUUGGAAAGAAAGACGUCAAACACAAAAAUGGAAGUAGCAGUGCCAAGAAUUCUUAUUUAGCCCAAUGGAAAAAGCCGGCAUUUGUAAAGGGCCCUCUGGGGAUUGUUUCAUGGAUAGAGCUCAGCUUUUUAUCAAUGUUCAUUGCACUCCUUAUCUGGUCCUUCUCUUCUUACUUGCACAGCAUGAUGGCCAAUAUCACCAGACAAUCUGCGGCUGAGAUGGGAGAGAAAGUAUGGGAAGCGAAAUUGUACAGUGCAGGGCUGCUGUUAGGCCUUGUUGGUAAUAUUUGCCUAGCAUUUCUCUUCUUCCCGGUGACCAGAGGAUCUUCGGUGUUGCGGCUCGUCGGUCUCACAUCAGAGUCCAGCAUAAAAUAUCAUAUUUGGCUUGGCCAUCUUACUAUGACCCUUUUCACUGCACACGGCUUGUGUUUUGUCAUCAUUUGGGCCUACACACCUCAAAUUUCUGAGAUGGUCAAAUGGGGAAAAGUGGGGAUCUCAAAUUUGGCCGGAGAAAUAGCUCUGCUCUUUGGAUUGGCCAUGUGGGCAACAAGCUUCGCCCGCAUACGGCGCAAGAUUUUUGAACUCUUCUUCUACACUCAUUACCUCUAUGUUCUCUUCAUUAUAUUCUAUAUUUUACACGUGGGGUUUGCCUACUUCUGCAUCGUUCUUCCAGGCUUCUAUCUCUUCUUGAUCGACCGGUAUCUACGCCUCUUACAAUCCCAGCAAAGGGUCUGCCUGGUUUCUGCCCGUGUUCUGCCUUGUCAAGCUGUAGAACUCAACUUCUCUAAAAGCCCAGGGCUGUGUUAUAAUCCAACAAGCAGCAUGUUCAUAAACAUGCCUGGAAUCUCCAAGCUUGAAUGGCAUCCUUUUACAAUUACCUCCAACUGUAAUACUGAUCCUGAGAAGCUAAGUGUCGUCAUUAAAACCCAAGGAAGCUGGUCUCACAAGCUCUAUCAUAAACUUUCUGUGUCUUCUCCUCCGCCGGACCGCCUUGAGGCCUCCAUUGAAGGACCUUAUGGACCUGCGUCAGCUCAUUUUCUGAGGCAUGACACACUGGUGAUGGUAAGCGGAGGAAGUGGCAUCACUCCUUUUAUCUCCAUCCUCCGUGAGCUCCUCUUUAGCAGCAUAGGAAGUUGCAGGAGAAACCCCCCACAGGUUCUCCUCAUCACUGCUUUCAAGAAAUCUGUAGAUCUCACCAUGUUAGACCUCCUCCUCCCAGCUUCUGCCACCACCGACGACGUUUCCAGGUUACAUCUCAGGAUCGAGGCAUACGUAACAAGACAAAUAGAACCCACCACCACCACAGAUGACCAGAGCCCCUGCCGAACCAUGUGGUUCAAGCCCAGUGCCGCGGAUGCUCCAAUUUCUGCAAUUUUAGGCUCAAACAGCUGGCUCUGGCUUGGAGUUAUAAUUUCAUCAUCAUUUCUCAUAUUCCUCGUUCUCAUUGGUAUUCUCACACGGUACUACAUAUACCCUAUAGAUCACAACACUGAGAUGAGAUUUUCAUACACUUCAAGAUCAGUUCUGAAUGUGUUGUUCAUGUGCAUCUCCAUAGCUAUGGCUGCAAGUUCAGCUUUUGUAUGGAACAAGAAACAGAGUGGUAAGGAAAUGAGACAAAAGAUUCAAAACUUGGACAUGCCAACAUCAAUGGCAUCGCCAGGACAAGUUGUGUCAAGCUGCUACGACGUGGAUGAUAGAGAAUUGGAAAGCCUUCCCCACCAGUCCCUUGCUCAAAAUACUACGGUGCACUAUGGUCAAAGACCUAAUCUUAAGAAAUUAAUAUUAGAGUGUGAAGGAUCGAGCAUUGGGGUCAUUGUUAGUGGUCCAAAGAAGAUGAGGCAAGAAGUUGCGGCAAUUUGCUCAUCUAGUGAGGCAGAUAACCUACAUUUCGAAUCAAUCAGCUUUAGUUGGUGA